GAGAAGUAGAUAUUUUUUAACUAAUAUUAUAGAGGAGUAAAAAAAAAUUCAACAAAAUUAACUAGAACAGCAUAACACAGUAAAAAUGGCACGUUCAGGAUUUCAAUUUCUCCAGUAUUUUGCAGUAUUUAUUUUGUUUUUUAAUUAUUGUACGGCAAAGGAAACGAAAGAAUGGAGAAUACAUACAUUGCCAGUAUAUGCAAUGCUAGCAUAUUCAGAAAUUUUAAACUCAACUGAAUGUGGCAAAGAACUUACAGAAUUUCGACAAGCCAUUGAUCAAUACUUAUUAUGGAGUUUAAAAGUAAUCGACGCUAGCGGCGAACCCACGCCAGGAUUCAUUUAUGGAAAUAAUUAUUGGUUGGGUAGCAAAGACCAGUGCGAGGAUGUAGGAAAUAGAAAUCCUUUUAUGUUAUCGGAAGAGAUGCUACAAAACAAUUCAAAAUUUCGUCAUAUCGAAGAUGAAUUUCCACCUUUUGAAGUGAAAUUCUUUGUAGCUAAUUUUCGACAUAACAGCACUUUACAAUAUCACUUUGUAAUACCUGACGAAGAUUUAAUAAUAUUAGGUAUGUGCUUACCAGCAUCAUGUUCGAAAGAUCAACUUUUUAUUCUUUUAGAAGUCUUGAUGAGAAAUAGAACUCUUUUCAAAGGCGAACUAUAUUCAGCCGACUUCUCAUUGGUUGAAGUAAGAGAUCUUAUCGAUGACCAUGUCUGGUUGUUAAGUGGAAUAUUCAUCACAAUGACAAUAAUAGUCACAUUUACAAUCCUAUUAGUGAUAAUAGGAACAACCUACGAUGUUCUGAUAAACCAAAAACGGGUAAAGAAACAUUAUAGGUACAUUCAAGACUGUGACAAUCUUCAAGCGAUAGAUUAUCCACAAACGCAAAACGAUAAUGAUAAUAGAACGAUGACAAACGAUAAUGAUGAAAUAGAAAAAUUAAAAGACCACAGCUUUUUUUGUAAAAUACUCCUAGCUUUCUCCGCAUAUUCGAACUCGAAAAUAAUAUUUAGAAUGGAAUUGGAUAAUAAUAAUGUACUGGUUAUACACGGAUUAAGAUUUUUUACAAUGAUAUGGAUAAUUAUGAUACACACAUUCUUUUAUUCGAGAAAUUAUUAUGUGUAUGAAUUGGAGUUGGUACUUAGCAAUCGACAUGCAAUACUUCGUGAUUUUAAUUUUCCUGUUAAUCUUAUCUUCAAUGUACUUCAAAGUAGCAGCCAGUUUGUUGGGUCUGUUGUUUACCUCAUUGUUAAUCUUAACAAUCUAUUUAGCCUACAUUUAUGAUUCUGUUGCAACAUUGGACAGUCAAUACAAUCUUUCAAGAGUAAUGUACUAUUCACCAUUCGUUAGAAUAGGACCUUAUUUCGUUGGUGUAAUUACUGCAU